GUCACACGUGUAUGUUAUGUUGCUGUGGAAAUACUUAUUUCUACAUGCAGCGUUGAACCUUUUCACCGUUACCUGCUUUGUUACAAAGAUCUAGUCAUGGUUGUGAAGAAGAAAGCACCUAAAGUGGAGGCUGUAGCUUUGGAUGAUGUCAAGCUGAAGAGCCUGACAGAUUCCCUGUCUGUGGAGGGGGAUAGUAUAGCCACAGAGCUAGCUCGGGUUCUGAAGGACAGUUUAUCGUCCUCUGACCCGGUUGAGCAGAUCCAGCUCAUCUCUAAGGCAGGCGUCCUGUUGGAGCAGUUGAGAGAGGAUGAGUGCACUAUGGGUCCUUUACUGCAGGCUUGCAUGAGCACACUUGCGUUCCUGUUUACCACACUGCCAGCUAAGAACCCACUUAAGAGAGCCGUAGCAAGUGCACUAGGAAGUGGCCCAGAUUGGCUGCAGGAGCAGACGGUUGGAUUUCUGUCUGAGAGCCUGUCUUCCUGUCUCUCCUCUACGAGCACAGAUCACUGCUCACACUUAACAGAUAGCAUCACUUCCUGUCUGGAUGGCUUUAAAAUCGUUGAGAAAUGUGUUCACCAUUUGCUAACAGAAGUGCUCCAGUUCUUCCAAAGGACAUUCAAUUAUUAUGUGGAGCAGAACAGGGGUUUGUCUGGUCGUCAUGUGGCCCAGGCUCAGCUGAUGCAGUCGUGUCUGGCAGCGGUGAAGGCUUCAAUGCUGGUGGUUCAGAGGUCUCAGGAACCCAUCACCACUGCAGUGCUUUCAGCUUCAGAUGACCAAUCUGAUCUACAUCAGGCUCUCAGUGGACUACUCAGCUGCUAUACAUGUAUCUUGACUGACGAGGAGUUUGUUCAGACGGUCCAGAGCACUGCUGGGAUGGCCCUUGUUUUGCUCAUUAGAUCUAUUAUUGGCAAUGGAGAUGAUGUACCUGUCAUAGUUGCGAGUCUUCUGCAGUGUUCAGUGGAUGCAGGCAGCAUCGCCCCUCAGUGGCUGAGACAGAGCUGCGCAGGUCUGUAUGAGAACGGCAGGCCUGCAGCUGUGGCUCUGUAUCUGAGUCAUGGAGCUCUGGCUAUGCUCAGCUGGAGAGGAAAGACUCUUGGUCCACAUGCCGAGAAACUGCUGCUGCUCAUACCUGAAGUGCUCCUGUCUCUAGAUACAAGGUACUAA